AUGGGUAUAAUGAGGAGGGAUAUAGUUAGAGCAUGUAUAGCAGCCGCCAUGAUAAUAGCAGUCUGUGCAGGCACUGAAGAAGUAGAAAAGCUUUACAUAGUCCACAUGGACAAAUCUCAAAUGCCCACCACAUUUCUCACCCAUCAUCACUGGUACAAAUCGGUCAUGUUAUCUGCCAUGGGCGUUGAGCGACAAGGUGAGGUGGAGAGAAAGUUGGUGUACACGUAUGACAUCGCCAUGCAUGGCUUCGCCGCAUUGCUGACGUGGGCAGAGUUGGAGGCGGUAGAAGCAUUGCCUGGGUAUGUGGAAAGCCAUGAGGACAGAGGCAAUGUGGUGCUCCAUAUGGAAGAGUUUAAGGAACAACGAGAAUGGAUUCCACCCUCCAAGGGCAAGACUCGUUACGGGAGGAAGCUUCAGACUACUCGUUCAUAUCACUUCUUGGGGCUCUCGGAAGAGGAGGGGCUGUGGCCUCAGUCGGAGUUUGGGGAUGCCAAUGACAUUGUUGUUGGCAUUGUUGAUUCUGGUAUUUGGCCUGAGAGCCCAAGUUUUGUUGGGGAUGGAAUGGGUCCAGUUCCUACCAAGUGGAAGGGCACUUGUGAACCUGGCCAAGACUUUAAUGUUUCUCUUUGUAACAGGAAACUUAUUGGAUCUCGCUAUUUCAACAAGGGUUUUCUAGCGUUAGGUAAGAAGGUUGAUUUGAAGAAGGAUUUCAAUUCAGCACGAGAUGCUUUUCGCCAUGGCACAUUUUCAGCGUCUAUCAUAGCAGGCCAGGGUAUCCCCAAUGCCAACUUUUCUGGUCUUGGAUUCGGUCUUGCCAAGGGAAUGGCACCAUAUGCACGCCUGGCAAUGUACAAGGUUGCAUGGUAUGACUCUAGUUCUACCAACAACAUUUUCAUUUCAGAAAGUGAUAUUGUGGGUGCUAUGGAGCAAGCCAUAGUAGAUGGAGUGGACAUCAUCUCAAUCUCAUUAUCAUCAAGGCCACUCACUACAAACUACACAAAAGAGCCUGUUAUAUUCACCUCCUUAGAAGCUGUGCAAAAUGGGGUGCUUGUGGUUGGUGCUGCAAGUAACACAGGUCCUAAGAUCGGCACAGUUCAAAAUGAGGCUCCAUGGUUGCUCACAGUGGGGGCAAGCACCAUCGACAGAGCCUUCCAUGGCAUGAUCACCUUGGGCGAUGGUCAGGUUGUUAAGGGAACCUCCAUGUACACAAAAGAGUUCUCCACGUCUCAAAACUUCGAAAUUAUUUUCGGCUCCAUAUGUCUAGAGGAUAGCUUGAACUCCACAUAUAUAAGGGGCAACAUUCUCUAUUGCGAUGAUAGCAGUGAUGUCGAUGUGUAUACACGUGUGCAGGUGGCCAAGACUGCUGAAGCAAUCGCUGCCAUUAUUGUCUACAAUGAUGCAGUAGACCUGCUGGGAGGCAUCUAUUCAAUGCCAGUUGUGUUUAUAGAUACAGACCAAUCACAAGUCAUAGCAGACUACAUGGGUACCACAGAUACUCCAGUUGCUAGCUUCCAGUUCCAAAUAACAGAGCUUGACCAUACUCCAGCACCCAUGCUAGCAACGUUUUCAGCAGUAGGGCCUGGCCCCCUUUUCCCAGAUAUCCUUAAACCUGACUUGGUGGGCCCUGGUGUUAAUAUCAUGGGUGCUUGCCCUAAUAGGUACAGACCUGGUGCAUGCACCAGUAUAAGUUCUGGUACAUCAGCUUCCACUGCACACGUGGCAGGCAUAGCUGCACUGCUUAAGGCAGUGAAUCCAGAUUGGACCCCUGCAGCCAUAAAGUCAGCUAUUAUGACAACGGCAGAGAAGCUAGACAACACAGGCCAUCUCAUCAAGUCUGCAAACAUUGUAGCACCUGCAUUGACCCCUCUUGAGAUUGGUUGCGGCAAUGUCAACCCCCAAUUAGCAUCUAAUCCAGGACUCGUCUAUGACAUGGGCUACAAUGAUUACAUGAAUUAUCUCUGCUUGACUAAGAGGACAAAUGGCGUUAUCUGCCAAAAUGGCAAGGGUUCGCGAUAUGAUCUCAACCUUCCAACUUUCACUGCAAAUUUCCUUUCUAGGACGGAACAAGGGACAAAGCAGGUGAGGGUUUUUAAGAGAGUUUUAACCAAUGUUGGAGGAGGGGGGAAUGGUGUGUACAAUGCCGUUGCAUAUAUGAAUCCAAUGAUAAAUGUGACGGUGACACCUAAUAUGCUGGUUUUCAACCAAAUUAAUCAAAAGCUGGAAUUCGCAUUGACAAUGGAAUUGGCUGGGCCGGUCUUAGUGACAGAUAAAGUUCUUGAUGGUUUUUUGUUAUGGUCUGAUGAGUCAGACAACGGAGGGGGGCAUCAGGGACGUGUGUGCGUCACGUGGCUGGGUCCCAAAGACCACGUGGCAGAAGGUGCAAGGUCACCUGAGGUUGGGUGCCGGCGGCGAGGUGGUUGCCGAAGGUCGGGUGCCUACGGCACAGACUGGAGGCGCGGCGGUGUAGUUGGGUAG